UAUUUCACUUGUGGUAGUAAAAUUCUGUAGUAACAACGCACGUGUGCGUUGAUACGGUCUUACGGAGUGACCAUUAGGUGAAUGUGUGCGUGGGGCAUUUCUCUACGAGGUCAAAAUCAAGUUGCAACGUGUCUGUGUUUAUAUCCAGUUUGCCUGCGUUACCCUGCCCCGCUUUGCACCCAAUAACCAGGCGAUAGAGGGAUGUCCCGUAAAGUCGCUUCCCUAAUCUUGCAGCACACGGUGUCAUCGCGCGCACACCUCACACCUGAACUGGCGUUGCGCCUGAUCACACCCGAGUGCCCGCUAUGGAAGGCGAGAGGGGACGAACUGCCCUUCCCUGAUCCCUUCUGGGGGUUCUACUGGCCCGGAGGACAGGCAACAGCAAGAUACAUACUGGACAAUCCUAAAAUCGUCGAGAACAGAACAGUUUUGGACCUAGGAUGUGGCUGUGGAGCUGGUGCCAUUGCAGCAGCAAAAAUGAAGGCAAAGAGUGUACUGGCCAAUGACAUCGAUCAAUACGCCCUAGAAGCCACUUCCAUCAACGCCUCCCUCAACGGGGUUUCCGUAACAACCAGUGCCGCCAACCUCAUCGGCGGCAAGCCUCACUGCGACAUACUACUCGUCGGCGACAUGUUCUAUGACACGGAGUUCGCUGAGACACUGUUUGAAUGGCUGAUGACGCUUAAAGGCACCACCGUCCUAAUAGGCGACCCGGGCCGGCCCGGCCUGGCGCGGCGCCGGCGCGGCGGGCUCGCGCGGCGCGCCGCCUACCGGCUGCUCCCGGGCACUUGUCUGGAGAACCGCGGGUUCGCGGACACCACGCUGUGGCAGCUCGAUAUUCAAUAAAAAUUUAAUCUUCGUUACGCAACUGUUUUUUAUUGCAGAAAGCAGUUUUUUUUUAUACUACGUCGGUGGCAAAAUAGCAUACGGUCCGCCUGAUGGUAAGCAGCCUCCGUAGCCUAUGUACGCCUGCAACUCCAGAGGAGUUACAUGCGCGUUGCCGACCCUAAACCCGCCCCCCCUCGUUGAGCUC